GGCUGGGCUGGCCGGUCACACAAACUCGGGACUUAUCGCAGUUGCUUGGUGCAGUGACGGGAGAUUUGACGUCCGCCGAAUUUAAUUAAACAAAAUAUUCUGUACAUUCCGGGACAGCAGCAAUAAUGAGUGGUGAAAUUCCGAAAAUCGUCGGAGCCAUCGCGCUGCCCCAGUUUGGUGGAUGGGUCAACGGGUACCUGACCAGACAGGAAAUUAAGGGCUGGUACCAGGGGCUUAACUUUCCCUCGUUCCGACCUCCAAACUGGGUUUUUGGACCCGUGUGGACCUCUCUCUAUGCAGGAAUGGGAUACGCUUCCUAUCUGGUGUGGAGAGACGGUGGAGGAUUCAACGGAAUCGCCCGAGGACCAUUGAUCCUGUACGGAGCUCAGCUGGCGCUGAAUUGGGCCUGGACACCAAUCUUCUUCAAGCGCCAUGAGCUGAAAUGGAGUUUCGUGGAACUGCUGGCGCUGACCGGAUCGGUCGCUGCCACAGGAUUUGCAUUUUUCAACGUGAACAAGCUUGCCGGAUACCUGUUCAUUCCAUACUUUGCGUGGUGCUCGUUUGCGGCUCUGUUGAAUUACGAAAUUUACAAGCGCAAUCCCAAGCAAACCGCAACCAUUGAGGAGAUCACCGAGGGCAAGCAGAAAUUGUAAAAAUUAUCAAUUAUGCAACCGGCAUUUUGCUGAUCAAAGGCUCUUUUAGUUAGUAUUGUAUUUGAUAUAACGCAGUUGUGUAGAAUAUAUUUUUAUAUAAUAUAUGUAUCUGACUUAUUGAA